AUGGAAAUGUCCCUAGCUCAGAGCUUUAUGGACUUCUGUGCUCUCACUUCAAAGAACCUCCAUGCCUCAUCAGUUAUUCACUAUCUGACAUGCAAGGCAAAUUUCAACAUGGCUGAAGUCCUUCGUGAAAUGUUCAAUGCUGCAGAAGUGCAUAAUAUACCUGACCUAUACACACAGAAUCAAAUUAAUGCAAUUUGGUAG